AUGGUCUCGAGGAUCAUCGAGAACCGCCGAUUUGGGCCAAGAUGGCAUAAAAAAAUUUGUUGGAGGGUUCUUUCCUGCCAUCACGUUGGCACCUAUCACAAGAGCCUGCAGGGGCCGCACGAGAAGAAGCUGCUCAAUGACCUCCUCAGCAUGGAUCGCUACAACACCCUGGAGCGGCCCGUGGCCAACGAGUCCGACCCCCUCGAGGUGAGGUUCGGCCUCACGCUCCAGCAGAUCAUUGAUGUGGGUGAUGGAGGGGCAGGGGCUGGGCUUCCCCUUCCACCGUCUCCGGAAGAGACCACUCAUACCGAGAUAAGGACAAAGAUAACCAACUUGACAAUUCUCCCAACUGACCCCUUGAUAAGUCCCAUCCGCUUCUAA